AUGGCCAGUUUAUCAAACUCCGAGGCAAAUUCCCAGACCAUGCCUAACACGUCGAACGGACUGAUGCGUCCUCGGUCCCAUGCUAGGUCUUCCCGGGCCCAAAUAUAUCCUCACCCAAACCUAGAAAACCAACUCUCCCACCGAGAGUAUCUCGACAAUUGCUUAAGAUUUGAGCUAGUUCAAGAGCGACUUACCCAAGUACCUGGCAAGCCCCCCGGGCCUAGAUGCAGCGAUGUCAAAGCAACCCUUGAGAGGGUAGACGAUAUCUGGCCAAUCCCUCAUGACUUGGGGGCUGGUGAAGUCGGAAACACAUUGAAUGCUAGCGUUCCACGACCUUAUUCGCGUCUCGCCUUAAGUCAAGGGACAAGCGUUACAUGCGCUCAAGGUAUACCUGGCCCGAGCCGGGGUGGGACGCAGCAUAUUCAUAUAGCUGGUCAUCAACCGACGGUGAGCUCUUCCUUAAACCCAAGUCGGAAGAGGACAAGGAAAAGAAAGAAACAUAGCGACGAUGAUGACGAUAACGACGACGAGGGUUCUCCUAGCUACGGAAAGAAACCAGCUUCUCUGAAAAAUCCGCGCCCAAAAUUUGCCUGCCCAUUCCUUAAGGUGUUCCCCCAUUUACCUCUCCAUUGCCAUGAUGAAGGUGGCUUUGCGGACACGUCUCGAGUCAAGGAACAUAUUUACCGGAAGCAUCGAAACCCUCAAUGUCCGUUCUGUGGCACAGUCUUCGGCCGGAAUGAGGAAUGCACAGAGCACCUUCUCAUGAGGUCCUGUACGCCUCCUGAAAACGGGUUCCCCAUACUUGUAAUUCAUAACGGACAAGAAAAUGAAAUGCGGAGGCGACAAGGCUUGCGAGGCUUGUUAGAAGAGGAGAAGUGGUAUAGAAUAUACUCAAUCAUCUUUCCGGAAGCCGCCCGUCCGUACCCGUCUCCAUAUGUCGAAGAGCAUGCAGGAUACCAACUGCAAGAGGAACCACGGCAACCACAAGAACUAUCUCAUGAGGUACGACAAGUGAUCAUGCAAGAGAUGUGGCAGUUGGAAAAGGACCCACAACAGCCAGAACAGCCGCAAGAGCUACCGCAGGAGCUACCGCAACCACCGCAAGGGGUAUCAGGACAGCCUCAAAGCGUAUCGCAACAGCUUCUAGAAGUACAACAAACGAUUAUACGAGAGAUGCGGCAACAGCUACAAGAGGUACGGCAAGCAAUAAGACAAGAAGUGCGACAAGUAAUACAGCACGAGGUACGCUUACAGCUGCAAGAAGCAUGGCGGAUAUUUCCCCCGUAUUUUCCUCAACAGCCAUGGCAAGGUGACGGCCCUUCUCUUCUUGGUAUUGGUGCUCAACUCCCCAUCCCGGGAAAUUCCAGUGGUGAGAAUGGCCAUAACGGCCACGAAUUUGUCGACCCUGUAUUUCUACAGGGAGAAAUGCUGAAUAUGUUCGAACAAGUGCCAGAGGAAGACCCGCCCAACCCAUCUGGUUGA